ACCGCAGUUUUUAUAUUAUUUUAUAUUAUUAUAUUAUUAUUAUUAUUAUUCACGUAGAUUAAAACGACCAAAAGUCUUGGUUAAAGAUGUUGGGUUCAAGCUUUGCUGGACGUGUUUUUUAAUGUUAAAUAUUACGACACAUGAUGAUGUUGACAGAAAUUCCGACUUGCUGCUGAAGCCGUUUUGUUCUAGAAAAUAAAGAGAAAGAUUCAACUAUUCUCCAACCCGGUAUCUCUGGCAGCUUCAAAACAACAUCAUGACUUGGGUCCAGAUUGAACCGUUACCGAAUCCGGUAAAAAAUAUAAAUUAAUAAUAAUAAUAAUAAUGAAAAUAAUAAUAAUGAUGAAAGAAGAAAAAAAAUAGUUUGAUUGAACCGUUACCGAAUCCGGUAAAAAAUAAUAAAAAAAAAAAUAAUAAUGAAAAUAAUAAUAAUGAUGAAAGAAGAAAAAAAAAAUAGUUAAAAAAAAUAUUUUUAGUUUUUUCUUCCGCGACGCAGGAAGACUGUUUCCCUAGAAACCGUUUACAUCGUUCGCACUUCCGGGUGUUGCCUGCUCUGACUCACGCGCAUAUUUUUAUCGCCGCUGCAGCAGCACCUUCGGCAUCCCGGAUGCUCACCAGCAGCAUCGGGUUUAGAUGUCUUUUAGAUGUCGAGUAGCAACCAAGACAGGACGGCCGAGAAUAAAAGCGCUGCUGAAACACACAACUCUGAAGAUUUUGUAUCGUUACACCCACGUCUCUCUACUGUUGCUUUUUUUCCCCUCCUUCACAUUUUAAAUGAAUCUUGUAAGAUUUAUGAACAACAGAGUUCCGUCCAAUAAGAGGUAUCAACCCACAGACUAUGAACAUGCUGCAAACUGUGCUACACACGCGCUGUGGGUAAUCCCCAGCCUAUUGGGCAGCUCUGUGCUGCACUUCCUGUCUGAGGACCAAUGGGAGCGCGUCUCAGCCUGGCUCUAUGGGGCGGGGCUCACCUCCCUCUUCCUCAUCUCUACUCUGUUCCACACGGUGACCUGGAAGAAAAGCCACCUACGGUCUGUGGAGCACUGUUUCCACAUGUGUGACAGAAUGGUGAUCUAUUUCUUCAUAGCAGCCUCCUACGCCCCCUGGUUGAACCUGCGGGAGCUGGGACCCUGGACCUGUCACAUGAGGUGGUUGGUCUGGGUGAUGGCCUCUGUCGGAACCACGUACGUCUUCUUCUUCCACGAGAGGUAUAAGUUGAUGGAACUGAUCUGUUAUACAGUGAUGGGAGUGUUCCCAGCCUUGGUCAUCCUGUCAAUGGACAUGGCCUCUCCUGCCCUUCGCCCCUCUGAUGUCCUUUAUUCUGACAGCAGCAGAAAGCCCUUUACAACCACUGCCCUGACAGCAGGAGAAAGCCCUUCCCAACCACUGAUCUGACAGCAGGAGAAAGCCCUUCCCAACCACUGCCCUGACAGCAGGGGAAAGCCGUCCCAACCACUGAUCUGACAGCAGGAGAAAGCCCUUUACAACCACUGCCCUGACAGCAGGAGAAAGCCCUUCCCAACCACUGAUCUGACAGCAGGAGAAAGCCCUUCCCAACCACUGCCCUGACAGCAGGAGAAAGCCCUUCCCUCCUGACCCUGACACAGUGACCCCACCGACCUCACACUGCUGUGUUUUAUAGCACAGUGACCACAGUGACCCCCCCGACCUCGGACUUCUGUGUUUACACAGACAGUAUUGUAACACGGAUGUAACACUAAAACACAUAGGCCUAUGUAACAUGUAUGUAACAUGUAUGUGCUCUGCUGUAGGAGCACACUAUCCUGUAGUAUUCUGAGCCCCCCCCCCCCCCCAAAACCCCCGGCCCCCUUGCCCCUCAAGAUUCAGAAAUGGCACCCUAUUCCCAAUAUAGCGCACUACUUUCUUUUGAUAUGCGGGAGAACCCCUGAGUUAGAAUCUCCGCCUGUCGCAGAACCCUCGCUCUGUUGCUAUGGCGAUGCCCUAAAUGAGCUAGGGUACCAGAACCCCGCCCCUCCUUCCCUCCACUGCUCUCUAGAAUAGAUACCUCGUCUCCUCUGUCGCGUCUUGUUGUUUCUUCUCCUCUCCGUGGUUAAACCGGCGUUCCUGAUUCAUGUGGUUAAUAUGUUGUUGUUGUUGUUGUUGUUGUUGUUGUUGUUGUUGUUGUUGUUGUUGUUGUUGUUGUUGUUGUUGUUGUGUUUCCGAUUUGUUGUUAUUAUUCUAUUUCAGCAUCGCUCUUUAAACGAUGAGUCAGUUUGUGAAUGAACUGGCUGACAACAACUAACCAAUCACACGUCAGACUAGGAGACGUACGCUGACCAAUCACGCGUCAGACUAGGAGACGUACGCUGACCAAUCACACGUCAGACUAGGAGACGUACGCUGACCAAUCACUUGUCAGACUAGGAGACGUACGCUGACCAAUCACGCGUCAGAAUAGGAGACGUACGCAGACCAAUCACGUGUCAGAAUAGGAGACGUACGCUGACCAAUCACGCGUCAGAAUAGGAGAUGUACGCUGACCAAUCACACGUCAGAAUAGGAGACGUACGCAGACCAAUCACUUGUCAGACUAGGAGACGUACGCUGACCAAUCACGUGUCAGAAUAGGAGACGUACGCUGACCAAUCACACGUCAGACUAGGAGACGUACGCAGACCAAUCACGCGUCAGACUAGGAGACAUACGCAGACCAAUCACACGUCAGACUAGGAGACAUACGCUGACCAAUCACGCGUCAGACUAGGAGACAUACGCUGACCAAUCACGUGUCAGAAUAGGAGACGUACGCUGACCAAUCACGUGUCAGAAUAGGAGACUGGUUGAAUAGGAAACUGGUUGAUCACCAGUUUGGGAUGGUAUAGACUGCUCUUAAUGCUGCAGUCUGUAAUUUAGCUCGUCCCCCUUGUGGCCACAGGACGAAAUGCACAAACAAUCAACACUCAAAACUAAACAUAUUAAGCCAAUCGAUGUAUAGACUCGUGAAGAACCUCUGUUUACAAACAAUGGUUGGUUUCAGAGUGUCAGUAGGGAGCAGGACUAACAGAGUGUUCUACUGCCACAAACCGACUGGUGUUCUCCAGCCCUUAUAACGGACGGUUAUUACACUUCGUAGACGGGUCAUAGAGGUGUCAUAGACAGACCAUAGACAGGUCAUAGAGGUGUCAUAGACAGGUCAUAGAGGUGUCAUAGACAGGUCAUAGAGGUGUCAUAGACAGACCAUAGACAGGUCAUAGAGGUGUCAUAGACAGACCAUAGAGGUGUCAUAGACAGGUCAUAGAGGUGUCAUAGACAGGUCAUAGAGGUGUCAUAGACAGGUCAUAGAGGUGUCAAAGACAGGUCAUAGAGGUGUCAUAGACAGACCAUAGACAGGUCAUAGAGGUGUCAUAGACAGGUCAUAGAGGUGUCAUAGACAGGUCAUAGAGGUGUCAUAGACAGAUCAUAGAUAGGUUAUAGACAGGUCAUAGAGGUGUCAUAGACUGUUCAUAGACAGGUCAUAGACAGGUCAUAGAGGUGUCAUAGAGUUGUCAUCGAUAGAGCUACCAUACGUUUGUCAGAUCUGUAUUAUGUAUCUCAUAGAUCAGCCAUGUUUUAGAGCAUAUAGACAGGUUAACAUGUUACAGAACUGUAAAAGACUUGUUAUGAACAGGUAAUAACUGGUCUACGGCACUGAGAGUCUGUUUAAUAAGGGUAGUCAGUCUCUCUACUGCCACAACACCACACCUGUUAUACCAUGACAUAAGUAUGUUAUAAACAUGUUAUAAAUAUUUAAUAAGGGUAGUCACUCUCUCUACUGCCACAACACCACAUCUGUUAUACCAUGACAUAAGUAUGUUAUAAACAUGUUAUAAAUAUUUAGUAAGGGUUGUCAGUCUCUCUACUGCCACAACACCACAUCUGUUAUACCUUGACAUAAGUAUGUUAUAAACAUGUUAUAGAUGUUUAAUAAGGGUAGUAGUCAGUCUCUCUACUGCCACAACACCACACCUGUUAUACCAUGACAUAAGUAUGUUAUAAACAUGUUAUAAAUAUUUAAUAAGGGUAGUCAGUCUCUCUACUGCCACAACACCACACCUGUUAUACCAUGACAUAAGUAUGUUAUAAACAUGUUAUAAAUAUUUAAUAAGGGUAGUCAGUCUCUCUACUGCCACAACACCACACCUGUUAUACCAUGACAUAAGUAUGUUAUAAACAUGUUAUAGAUGUUUAAUAAGGGUAGUCACUCUCUCUACUGCCACAACACUGCCUCAGACGUUGCCAUGGAUGUGUUUUCUAAUGUAAAUAAGUCACUCCCACUUUCUACACCGAACCACGGGCCUUUAUAAACCCUCUUCACCCUCUUCAUAGGAGCUCUAUAACAGCCUGCAUUACUACUCCAUACGUAGUGGUUAUAAGUGUUUAUAAUGCUAUAAGUGUUUCUGUGGAGCUGGUCAUUGGGCUGGACUACCAUCUACAGAGAGCAGGGUUUUGUUUCCACCAAGCAGUAACACACCUGACGAUUCUACUUGUCAAAAUGUUUGAUUUAAUAUUACUGUGAUGAUGAUGAUGAUGAUGAUGAUGAUGAUGAUGAUGUGUUUUCUAUGUGUCUGUUAUUUUAAUAACAAGGUUUUAUAUCAGUGAGA